AUGUUCAUUGCAUUUAUUUUAGUUCAACUGGCACUUGGUUUCUGGUUCUACAGAAGAAGAAUUUCGGUUAGGAAGAAAGCUGCUUUUGCUCAUACCAGCCCAAACUCAAACGGCUUGAUAGUGUUAUCCUUAUCUGAAAUAGAGGAUCUUACAGAGAACUUCAAAUAUCAGAUUGGGCCAAAGAUGUUCAAAGGCGUUCUUCCAAAUAGAAAACCAGUUGCUAUCAAAGAUGUGGAUGCAAGUGUAGAAGACAGAAAAUACCGGGGUAUAGUUACAAAGAUAGGUAACAUUCAUCACAAAAGCCUUGUAAAGCUGCAGGGCUACUGUUGUGAGGUAGAUCACAAAUUUCUGGUCUAUGAAUAUGUCAAGAAUGGUUCUCUGGAGAAGUAUAUAGAAGAUCUUAAAUUGUGUAAGAAGCUGACUUGGGGGAAGAGAUUUGAUACAUGCUUAAGUGUCGGAAGGGCCGUCUGUUAUCUACACACAAGCUGUAUGGAAUUUAUGAGCCAUGGGAAUUUCAAAUGCGAGAAUGUUGUACUUGAUCAAAAUUUAGAGGCCAAGGUGACUGAAUUUGGACUUAGGAACAUAGUCAGCAAGUGGGCAUACAAAGAGUGGCUGCAAGGGCAUCAAGAGAAUGUGAUAGACAGGAAAAUAAUUGGCGGGUUUAUUCCACAAGAGCUGGAACGUGCUUUGAGAAUUGCAUUUUGGUGUGUCCAAAUUGAUGAACGUAGAAGACCUCCAAUGAGAGAGGUGGUUAAGGUGUUGGAGGGCACCUUGAGCGUUGAUCCACCACCACCCCUUUUUUCUUGUCAAUGGCCACGAGAUGACAAAGAAGAGCCAUAG